ACCUACAAUAAAGCAGAAGAGUAAUUAACAAACUUGAGAGAAAAGACCAAUUACAAAUGGUAACAACAGCUACAACCUACAUUGAAGCAAUUCACUGACAAAACCAACUUGGACAGUAAGAGGGAGUGCUAGAUUUAGGGAAAGACUGAGGCAUGCAUUUUCAAAAUGAGAAUGGUCUCAUAGAAGACCAGGUUUUUCAGUGCAACUGAGCAGAACAACUCUAAAUACACUCAGCAAGAAGUGCAAACUUAACAUGGGCAGCUGUAAAAAUGUGAACUGUUCUAGUACUGCACAGCACUAGAUUUUUUUUUAAGGACAUGAAUGCUGGCUAGCCACUUUUCUUGUUGACAUUACUAAACAGUGGCUUUUUCCAAUCCCUGUUAGUAAGCAGAAAUCUGUGUCAAGAUAUAUAAGGAAUAAGAAGCCCCUGUGGUAAAUCACACUGUAACUAGAUGGCAGCCUACAGCACAACCAGGUAGCUAAGGAGUGUCUAACACAUUGUGAGACUCAUUGAUUCCCUGUGAUGCAACUCAUUUGACGCUGAUGACUGGCUGAAGGAGAUGCCACUGACUAGCAGCAAACAGCGUGUGAAGACUGAGGAGUUGAUCCCUCUAGAAACAGAACAGUAAAUCAAUUAUAUGAACUACCAUGGGACUGCUUUCUGAGUUAAUUAUGUUUCACAGCCUUUGAAAAGACAGUGAUGUACUCAGAGUGCAGAGGGCAGUAUGGAGAUGCAAAGGAAACAGAUGGAAAAUGACAGAAACGUGGAAGGUGAUGGAAAGCUUCAAAAUGAAUCUGACAAGUCAACAGGAACGGAUGGUGCCUCCAGAAACCUCCAAAAGUCAGCAGAUGAUUUUCCUUGCUCCUCUUGUAGUGCAGUCCUGGUCACUUCUAACACCCUGAGCAGUGGAGACAACACCUGCCAGCCAUGCCUAAGCUUAUGGCGGAUGAACUCCAAGGAAAAUCACGCUCUGGAAUGCAGACCAUCAGAACCUCGACAGGAACCAGGAGAUCCUUCACAGAUUAGUCCUAUGCUCCACCAAGCGAUGGAAACUUUGUCUCCCAAUAACACUGUAGAAAGAGGCAUGGCUAGGAAGAGGAGUGAUACAGCCCACAAUGUCUUUCAUAAGCAUGGGAAUGGUCAGAAAGUUAGCCAGCAGUGGGGCUGGCUAUUCUUGGGGAUUUUGACCUCUCUAGUUGCUGUAAGUAACAUUCUACGCAUUCAUCUAUGGAUUGAGAACAAACACCCAGUGCAGGAUCCUCUUGCUCACCUGAAGUCUCCUUGUCCUGCAGAGAGCACAAACUACAGUCUAGCUAACAGUAGCCAUAAAGAAACUUUUCUGGUGGAAUUAAAGAAUCUGCAACAUGAAAAGCAACAUUACGGUCUUUGGGAAUACCAGGCUGCAAAACCCAAGCCAUCGCUGUUCCUCCUGCAUGCAUUAAGCACCUCUCCAAGACUUGGGAUAUUGUAUAUAUACUAUUUUGAUUACACAGAAACAUUUCUGCCUUUCAUCCAUACGGUAUGUCCUGUGCAAGAACAUGGAGUGGAUGCACACAAGAAACUUUCAGAUCUUAAACCUCCUACUUGGAAGCAAUGGAGAAAACUUCUGUUUAAGCUCACCUUGGCUUAUCCAUUAGUUGCUGAAUUUGCCUGGAGCUGGCUAGGGAUUCAUUACUGGACAUCAUGGUUUCUUGUUAUCAAUGCCAUGCUACUCUCUCUUCUAGAACUACUGUCCGUUUGGAAUCUCUGGUCAAGAAAAGAAUUGCAAACUAUUCCGUGCAGAGCAUGCAAGCACUUCUGGCACGUGUCCACUCAAGGAUUACUGGGGGCCAUUCUGUGGCAUCUUAUUCCUUCGUUUAUCUGGAAGUAUGUAUUUUAUUGGAAAUUGUACUGUAGUCCAGUCAUAAACUUUCAGAAAAUAGUGAAAAAACUACGGGAUUUGGAAAUGUAAGUAAUGCAAUAAAUAUCUGAGAAGGCCAACUGUAAGGAAAAUACCUAAAUGUUUUGAACUCUGAAGCUGGAACAAGAAAACCCAUUCUCUUUUAAAGAGAAUAAAAAUGCACUGUGUUCUAAAAACCAAUAUAUAUGUUUUGUGUUAUUAGAAUUCAGGGGCCCUAGGUAUUGAUUCUGUUCAAACUAUUUACCAAAACAACAACCCUUUAUUUAGUAUUAAUAAUCAAGUCUUUUAUGCCUUUUACAGCACCUAAGGGAAUAAAAUCCUCAUGGACAAGACUGGAGACAGGAUAUGUCAUAAAAUUAAACCUCUCACUUAGAAUGAUACAAAAUGUACUUGUUCCUCUCAGUCUUCCAGGUUUUAAUUAAAAAUAGUUGUUUAUGAUUUGUCACAUCAUAAUUUAAAAAGCAAGCUAUGAAAGGAAGUAUGCAUCUUUCCAAGCAAAAGAUGUACUGGCUUAUUCCAUUAUAACAGUAUCAAAUAGCAACUCUAUCUUAGCUGGAUUGAGCUUCAGAUAAAAAUAGAUCAUUUUCCAAAUUAGCACCUAUUUUUUAAAAAAAGUAUGUACAUCCUUUAUGCCUUAAAAUGCAAUACAAGUGAACAAUAAACUAAAAAAGUAGUUACUGUAGUUGAUGCAUUAUGAAACGUCAGACCAUUUUCUCCUGAUGUUCUGCUUUUAGAUAAGCUUGGUAAGUAUACAGCAAUGGUAAAAAUGUAGCUCUUGGAGUUUGAAAAGUGUGUACCAAUUACAGUUAUUUAAAUAGUGACAUUGUUUCCAUAGUCUUGUUAAAUUUCACUAUCAGAAGCUUAGAUAGUGACUAAGAUAACAUAAUAGUAAUAAAGAGAGACACUGCUACUUUAUAUUGUUUGUGGUCUCUGCUGAGAGACAGCCCUAAAUGGUUGAAAGAUCUAUCAUAUCUAUCUUUUCUAAGAAAGCACAAGUGUAAGCGCUAGUACAGGCAUAUCCAACUCAGUAUUAAAGCCUUUACAAAUACAGUACUCCGAGCUCAUGUAUUAUUUUAUGCCCAGAUCCAUUUCAAUGGGAGGACUGCACUAGAAUACAUUCUGCAAAUUAACUGCCCAGCUGAGCAGACUCCCUUUUACAAGCUGCCUAAAUCAACAUACAGAAAAAAUAAGGCCCCCAAAAGCCAUAAAACUUACAGUCUCUGUAUUUAUGCAACAGUGUUGCAGCUGCAGAAUAGUUCUGUACAUGGAAUCCUCAUAAAGGAGACUACUUGUUUAAUAGAUUGACUUCUAGGUCAACAGUUUGAUUGAAACACCCUCUUAAUAACAAUGUGUUUCAAAUCUUGCAGAAAAGGUUUCUACAGUCUUCCAGAAAUUCUUCCACCUUGGGAAGAUGAGUGAAAUCAAAUCAACACCAUAAGGGCUCCAUAUUUCAAACAAACAUCACAAAAAGACAUGAACAAAGCAAACACUGCAAGUGAAAGUUGGUCAGUUCUAUAAAGUAUCACCAGACCUGCCUCUCUUUUGGAGCGAUAAAACACAAUGCCUUUAAGUCAAACUACGGAAAUCAAAAGUGCAGUGCCAGAAACAGACUGUAUAGAGUAAAGUGAUUAAUGUCAAGCAUUUGAAUUGUUGUUCCUUAUCAUUUUCAGAGUUUAUUUGUUUCAAAGUGGUGUCAGCACGCUGGCAGGAUGUUCACUUGCAGAAGCAUGAAAAGACUUUCUGCAAGCUGACCUAUUUCCUGGCUCAUCAUUACCAUUUUGGGUAGCUCUGCAGUAUGCUAGCAAAAAGUAGCUUCCUUUUUCUAAAAUGGGGAAAGUAUCUAAUAGGGAAGCUACUCGAUCAUUAGUUCAAGCCAGCAAAAUGGCAGCAGAAACAACUUACGUAGGCAAUAAGAUGCCUUCCGCUAGGCCUUGAACUAGCACAUGUCCUUAGUUUACCGAAAUACGCCUACAGAGAAUAGAGAACUGACACUUGUAGAAGGGAAGAACACUUCAUUUUGUUGUGAUUGUUGGUUUCUUUGCUUUUUCUUAAAGCACUGGCAAACUCGAGACUUAAAGGAAAUGUAAAACAGUUGUAGACUUGUCUGAAUGAUUAUUAAAUGGAUACUAGAAAAAUCUUUGCUGCAAGACUUUUUUUCAGAAUCCUGCUGGAGAGCAUCCCUUUCUAUCUGUGCUGAGCAUGAAACUACUUUAAAUUCACACUAGGUUGCCUCAGCACAGACAUGAAGAAGAACACAGGCUCC